GCUGCAAUUAAAACAAUCCUUUCCUUUGAUCGAUCCGGCUCAUGGAUAGAUGAGCUGACCACAACGCAAUGAUCUACGACCACCAUGUAAACGACAGGAACAUCUAGUAACUAAAGAAGAACGCACUUCAACGAUGCCAUCCUAGAUCUCUCUUCAUCACUCUACAGGUUGAAAUUAACAAAAGACUGCAGUUGGGAGAUGGCACAAUUACAUUAUAUAAGCACGUCUGCAAACUCCGGGUGCACCGCAAAAGUCCGAGACACGGACCCAAUCAAGUGUUAGUCAGAUAAGCCUGCUUCGACUCUUCACCUGCUUCCUACUUCUUUCUCUCUUUGCUAUCCCUUGGCUUCUCGUCUAUAGCUAUCAAUUGGUCUAACAACAUGUCGGACGACCUCGAACAUAUCAUUGUCAUCAACCCCGGCGCAUUCGACGCUGCUGCCUACGAGCCUUUCAAGUCGCUUCCCUUCGUCGGGUCCCUGACCAUCAUUCAGGGCGAUGGAUAUGGCGGCAGAAGCAAAGCUGUUCGCGAGGUCUCUGCCGAGGAAUGGGCUAAGGCGACCGUUCUCUUGACUGGAACAGUGCUGCCACCGUCUCCUGAGGCUGCUCCGAAGCUCAAGUACAUCCAAUUGUUCUCCGCUGGUUCGAAUGUCAUUGUCAAGAAGCCAUUCUUCCAGGCUGAGAACAAAGUCAUAUACGCCACGGCUAGCGGUGUUCAUGGUCCCGUUAUUGCUGAAUACGUUAUCCUGAUGAUGCUCACCCACUUCCAUCAGUCUCUCAACUACCCCGUCUGGCAGGAACAGAAAAUCUGGGGUGACGACAGCAUUUUCCCCCGCAGAGUUAUAGAUCAGUGGGGAAAGACAAUGGGAAUCUUUGGUUAUGGCGCAAUUGGUCGUCAGACCGCGCGUAUCGCAAAGUCACUUGGUAUGAAGAUCGUGGCCUAUUCAUUCUCGAAUCCCCCAAAGAAGGAGCGCGUUGAGAUUGCAGUCCCUGGAUCUGGUGAUCCUGACGGCAGCAUCCCCGACAAAUGGAUCUCGGGUCUCGAAAACAUGGACGAGUUUUUCAGCUCUCAUAUCGAUGUUUUGGUCAUCUCCGCCCCAUUGACUCCCGAGACAACAAAGGUGAUCAACAAGAAGACUCUUCAGAUGCUAAAGGGUGCUUACAUCAUCAACAUUGCUCGAGGAGGUCUGGUUGACACCGACGAUCUUAUUGAGGCGGCAGAGAGCGGAUUGAUCGAUGGUGCUGCUCUUGAUGUCACUGAUCCCGAACCCCUUCCCCAGGGACACAAGUUGUUUUCGGUUAAGAACAUUAUGGUCACACCUCAUCUUAGUGGACAUGUCGACGCAUAUGAGGAGAGAGUUACAAAUAUUGCUGUUCAUAACAUCAAGCAGAUCAGAGAAGGAAAGCCUGUCACCAACUGGUUGGACAAGUCGAAGGGCUAUUAAAUGGUUCUAAAUUCUGAUCCAGAGGCAUGACUGUAAUUGAUUUUGACAGAUAUAGAGAUUUUGGUUUCCCGAAUAUUACUAAGAUAAUGGAUGUGAGAUAUAGAGCAGACAUUAGUGAGAAUAUAUUACUUGUUGAAUAUCAUUGAGCGCAACCUAAAGUAAAAUAAAUGCAGCUCUUCUGAUGCAGCGGACAUCAAACAAUAUCGGCAAAUUGUAACAAUGGCUUCAUGAUAUAUAAGGCAGUUUAAUACAAUAUUGUAAAAAAUAGGGAAAGAAGCGGGAGCGCUGUUCAUGCUGUCGAGCCUCA